GGUCACGUGCUCUUAUAAACGUGCGUGGCCCCCAGCUGCCGCCGCAUUCCAGCACAAGCGCAGAGCACCGCCGCUGCACGCUCGGAUAAAUCCUCCGAGCAAAGCUGAGCCAGAGCACGCAAGCGCGUGCCUGUGUGUGUGUGUGUGCACUUGCGGAAGGGGACCUUUUUUCCAGGCGCGUGCGUCUCACCUGUCCCAGCCCACGUGGUCGUCCAGCAGAGGGUGUGUGCGCCUGUGUGUGUCACAUGCUUGUGUGUGACUUUGUAGUGCGUGCACAAGUGCCUUUGUGCAAACACAUGCUAGAUGGUCAGCUGUCAUCUUCUCACGCGGUUGCCUCCGGUCAAACACAACCGGCCGGGAACCUUGCCAACUAUUCCGUGACGACGGAGAAGAACGUUUGGAGCGGCCCCUCGUGGAAGGAACAAGUCCUGCCCCCGCAAAGCUCAGAGCCGCGUUGCCACGGCAACGCAGCGGAAGUUAGCUUAAAGAGCUCAACAAACAACACAAAGUGCCCAAAAAGCUGGCGCGCGCCUGCACGCGACGCCACAAUCGCAAUCAUAAACCAAACAGGAACACUGAGGGGAACCGAGACUCAGAGCAAAGAGAAACCCAAUGCAAAAAUAGAACCGCCGCAACGAGAAAAACUCGAACGAAACCCGACCCUAAACGAGACUCAAAGCGGAAGUUAGCGAUGAAACUUGAAUAGGAUGCAACUCUGCCCAGGAAGCAGACCUAGAACAAUGAUUGACAAACUGGACAAAGACGAACCAGAAUCACAAUCCAAACCAAAAAGACAAGACCAACCCAAACCUGAACCCCAUUGCAAAAGAAGGACGCUGAGCACAAACAGGUGCCAAUCCAGAAGCAAAACAAAAAGUCGCUCCUCAAUGAGUUGGGAGGCAACAGGGCCUUUGAGGACUCAAUGCAAAGCUUUGGCGUCGGCGCUCUGACUCCUUUCGUGCCGAUGUCAACAAACGGCGCUCACCUCUGACCCCGCCACCCAGAACACAACGGUCCCUUCUCCUCCGUCUGCGCUUGCCCGCCUUCUUGGAUUGGUGAUUUUGCAAAGAGUGCCUCUUCGGAAAUGAGUGUCGUCCGCGAUUCAUCAAAAGCUUGACUUUCUGGACGAGGUUGCCCUUCUGCACGUUCAAGUCCCUGCCAGGGAGCGUCGUGUUCAUUCUUUCAGUCCUUGAGGCCGCUGUCAUGAUUCGGGGGCGGGGAACGGGCCAACAGUUGCAAAAGCGUUUACUGCGGCGGCUUCGGGAGCCGCUCACCGGUAAUCAGGCAUUUGUAUCAAGCAAAGCAUGUCGCUGACUUGAAGGCUGAAAGGAUGAAGCUGGUGCUCCUCAACGUCUCUUCAUAUCAUGGACCACGUUGAUAUGAAACCAUGACUGCAUGACUUUCAUGCCCCAAUCAAACAAUACCUGUAGCCAUUGGAAAAAGCUCCUCUGCAGCACAUUGGGAGCGAGUCCCCGCCGAAGCCGCUGACUUUGGAAUUUUUUUAAGGGGGGGGAACUCAAAGAUUGUCUUUGACGAUAAAUGAAUGUGUGAGUGUGCUCAGCAGGAAGGUAGCACAGACAGGAAGGGGAGGGGGGACCUCACUAAGGCCUCUUUGUGCUCCGCACACACGUACACACGUGUGGUGUCAGAUGAAGAAUGAAAGCAACGGUUACAACCGGAGCACCCUGGAGCACACGCUUGGAAAAGACACGCAUGAGUCGGCUGUCACCGUGACAAUGAGGCGUGCGGGUGCAAGCGUGGCAAUGGCGCUGCUCGGCAUGGCGGCCGUGGCCAUUGCCUGGCCCAAAGCAGGUUCUGAGCACAGGUGCCAGUCGGGCCCGGCGGACCUGGUCUUCCUGAUUGACGGCUCGCGCAGCGUCCGCCCUCACGAGUUUGAGAGCGUGCGCAAAUUCAUGAUCGACAUCCUGGACACGCUGGAUAUCGGGCUCAACGGCACCCGAGUGGGCGUGGUCCAAUACUCCAGUCAGGUUCGCAACGAGUUCUCAUUGAACUCUUACGACAGCAUGUCUGGCAUGGUGGACGCUAUCCGCCGUGUGGUCCCGCUGGCGCAGGGCACCAUGACGGGCCUGGCCAUCCGCUACGUCAUGGACAACGCCUUCAGCCCGCCGCAAGGCGACAGGCCCCGGGUGCCCAAUGUGGUGGUGAUUGUGACGGACGGCCGUCCUCAGGACCGCGUAGCAGAGGUGGCGGCCGAGGCUCGCCAGAAAGGCAUCGAGAUCUUUGCCGUGGGCGUGGCCCGGGCCGACAUGGCGUCCCUCAGGGCUAUGGCGUCGCCGCCCUUCAAGGACCACGUCUUCCUGGUGGAGACCUUUGACCUCAUCCACCAGUUUGGACUUCAGUUCCAGGAUAAACUCUGCGGUCCCGAUCUGUGCAUUGAGUCGCCGCAUGGCUGCCAGCACAUUUGCCAAAGUGCUACAGGUUCUUUCCACUGCCUCUGCCUGCCCGGUUACACGCUCCAUGACGACAGCAAGAGCUGCACAGCCAUCGACUUUUGUGCUGAAGGCAAACACGACUGUGAGCAAAUCUGCGUGAGCUCUCCGGGCGCCUUUACCUGCGACUGCGAGCAGGGCUUCACGCUGGAGCAGGACAACAAGACGUGCAGCAUGUUGGACUUUUGUUCCUUUGCUAAUGGCACGUGCGAGCACGAGUGUGUGAGCGUGCUGAAUGGGUUCCGGUGUCGCUGCAAAGACGGGUACCGGCUGAUGGACGACGGCGCCGCCUGCCAGGCCAUCGACUUGUGUGACGAAGCCAAAGACGACUGCGCGCAGAUCUGUGUGAGCUCUCCCGGCGCCUUCACCUGCGACUGCGAGCCGGGCUUUACGCUCAACGCCGACAAGCGGACGUGCGCGCAGUUGGACAUGUGUGAUUUGCCGGAUCACGGAUGCGAGCAUCGGUGCGUGACUACGCCGGGCUCGUACUACUGCUUGUGUCCCGAUGGGCAACUCCUGCAGGAGGACGGCAAGAGCUGCGGAACGUGCAAGUCGGCCAUCAUGGACCUGGUGCUGUUGAUCGACGGCUCCAAGAGUGUCCGCCCUCACAACUUUGAGCUGGUCAAGAAGUUUGUCAAUAAGGUGGUGGACACGCUGGACGUGUCGGAGCACGGCACCCGGGUGGGCCUGGUCCAGUACUCCAGUCGGGUCAAGACCGAGUUCACGCUAGACCGCUUCCACAGCGUGGACGACAUCAAAGCUGCUGUCAACAAGAUGCCGUACAUGGAGAAGGGCACCAUGACGGGCCUGGCGCUGCAGCACAUGCUGGAGAGCAGCUUCUCAGAGACGGAAGGCGCCCGAGCACCAGCCCUCAACAUUCCCAGGAUCGGCCUAGUCUUCACCGACGGACGCUCGCAGGACGACAUCAGCGACUUCGCCAAGAAGGCCAAACAAGCCGGCAUCAUUAUGUACGCGGUGGGCGUGGGCAAAGCCUUGGAGGAGGAGCUUCGCGAGAUCGCCUCGGAACCUUUGGAGAAGCAUUUCUUCUACGCCUCCGACUUCAACGCCAUCAGCACCAUCGCGCUCAACCUCAACGUGUGUCCAGAGGAAAGUCAAGGUGAGAUCGAGGUGAAGGACCCGUGUGCCUGCGAGAACCUGGUGGAGUUCCAGCAGGCCACCGUCAGCAACCUGGAGCGCGUCACACACUCGCUGGCUGCCGUGAGUGCCCGACUGGAGAAGCUGGAGCGACGGCUGUUUAACAGGAAGUGAGUGAGGCGCGCGCGGAAAGACGACAUCGAUGAUGACAGGGAGAAGCCGAACAACAAUGACGGGAUGAAGGAGGAGAUCAACGAGAAGGGCGGCGACAGCAAGAACAACACACCAACGACCUCGAGGGCAAUGAGGACAACCCAUCUAAGAGCAACAAACAAGUCAAUGAGAGCAAAAAAACAGCAAGAUACUGUUUGUAGCGCUCAUCAUUCUGGAAGGACGGGAAGUGCCUCUGUGGCUCUGACAAUUUCCUUUUCCUAGUUGGAGUGACCACCGCCGCUCCACCAUUCGGACUUUCAACGGGACUUGGGCUGCCAUCGUGAAAAGGAAUGUUGGCGAUGAAGUUUGAAUGCGGGCGGAGUCGGCAAAGACACAGAUGUCUCGUUUAACAUUUGGAUGAUAUUUUGCUUUUCCACGUUUUGUACGCACCAGACAGACACCAAUAAACCACUUGGUGUGCGAA